CGCGUUCUGCGUAAAAACAGCGCACAGUUAAUCAGAUUGAGUGCUCCAUUUGGCCUUGAGGACGAUUGAAGCUCUUUAAAUUAUGAGCAAAAAAUAAUCAUAACAAUACAAAACAAUAAUAAUUAACCAUGAGCGCAUCCAACUCCUUCCAUAAAGCUGAGAUCAUCACUGCACUGUCAGUGACAUUUGGAGCUGCAGCAGUGGGAAUCCUCAUCUACAAAACAUUUUUUAGCAAAAGCGAAUGUGUGAAGCCAAAGGUUAACCUUGAUCUGCAGAAAGACAACCCCAAAGUGGUACAUGCAUUUGAUAUUGAGGACCUGGGCGACAAAGCUGUGUACUGUAGGUGCUGGAGAUCCAAAAAGUUUCCAUACUGUGAUGGCGCACAUGCUAAACACAAUCAGGAAACGGGAGACAACGUUGGUCCUCUGAUCAUUAAACGCAAGGAGGCAUGAGCAUUUCCACUGUUCAUGACCAUCCAUUCUCAGUGAUUGAGAUUAGUGUGUCUUCGCUUUACAUGUGUGGUCAGGGCUGAUGGGAUUAAAUGUGUGAUUAUGUAAUCCUGUGUAUGUAUGCUUGAUUGGUUUCUCGGUGUCUUUUUUUUUCAGCUCUCAGACCAGUACUAUCUGUAAACCUGGAACACAAAACCAGUCUUAAGUGUAAAUUUUUCUGAAGCUGAAUAAAUAAGCUUUCUAUUGAUGUAUUUAGGAUUGGACAAUAUUUGGCCGAGAUACAACCGUUUGAAAAUCUGGAAUCUGAGGGUGCAAAAACAAAUCUAAAUCGCCUUUUGAAUUGUCCAAAUGAAUUCUUAGCUAUGCAUAUUACUAAUCAAAAAUUAAGUUUUUAUAUUUACGGUAGGAAAUUUACAAAAUAUCUUCAUGGAACAUGAUCUUUACUUAAUAUCCUAAUUAUUUUUGGCAUAAUUUUUGGUAUAAUUUUGACCCAUACAAUGUGUGGUUUUUAAAAAAGUUUUUUUUUUUUUUUAGCUUUUUCUACAAAUAUACCCCAGAGACUUAAGACUGGUUUUGUGGGUCACAUAUAUAUCUGGGUGGUUGUUAAGCAAUACAUAUCAAUUUUCUCUUUUUAUCUGCUUAGACUUUAUGGGAUAUGUUCUGGUUUAACCAAACUCUCCUAAAUAUGUUUCUGUGCUUAAACACUGGUCAUACUAUUGUAGAUACACUAGAGACAAAAACUUGAAUUGAAAAAACACAUGACUUAGAACAGAAACUUGUUCAUUUUAGGAGAUAAAUAUGAAUGUGAAAGGAGUAUGAAAACCAAAUGGCAAUCUUCUAAUGUUUUCUUUCUAUGUUAAAUUAUCCACACAUGACCUUAACUGAUUACUGACAUUAAAUGUAUUUAAAAUGGCAUUCUCCUGUAUUUUGAAUCCUAGCCACAGAAUCUGACAGGUACUGUUUUAUAUAGUUUAAAAUUUAAUUUGGAGUAUUUUCCCUUGUCGUUCAGAAAUAUGUACUUGUGGAAAUGCAAGAUCUGUUUCUCUAGUCUAACUGAACCAAAUGUUAUAUGGAGAAAAUCAUGUUGUGAUGAGCUUGUCUUUUCUGUGAAAUUAUUGUUUUCUCUCUCAGAAAAGUACACUGUACAAGUUUGUUGUUAAAUAAACAGUUUCAAACA